AUGCACUCCAAGACCGUCCUCUUCAGCCUCGGCCUCAUGGCCACCGUCGCAACCGCCGACGAGAUCGUCACGAUGUUCGUCGCCGACGGCGCCAGCACGCAACCUCUCGUCGGCCAAGUCCUCGGCGGCCACUUGGACACCACCUCUUACAGCAUUACCUGUGCAGACACCGUCACAAGCUGUGAUCUGGAUGCUGGCGGCGCCACCCUCGUCCAGGGCCCGUCUACCCACGAAAUAAGAGCCUCGAUGUAUAACGAACCAUACACCCUCGCCUGUGAGGUCGGCACCGCAAUCGCAACCUGCUCCAUCAAGAUCGGCGACGAGGACUGGUCCGACGCUUACACCGAGACGGGAAGCGAGUACCCCGUCACCAUCACAUCAGGAUCCGGUGUCCCCAUCUCGAUCCCUGGUCCCGCGACUUCAACCUCGACUUCGGCAUCUACUGCUACCGAGACCGACUCGGAGUCGGGCUCGACCACGCCUACCCCAACUCCCAGCUCUGGCAAUGCCGAGGAUUUCGAGGAGGCGGAGGAGACUGAUAGUGACAAUGCGGCUAUGGCGCAGGUUACCGGCAUGGCUUGGGCUGCGGGUGCUGUCGCGAUGGGGAUGGCGGCAGCUGUUGCCAUUGCUUAA